UUCUUCAACAUGUUCGCCAAAAUCUCUUUAGCAGCUUUUCUUGUAUGUGCUCUGUGUACCAGAGUCUACGGUAAUUUAAUAGACUGUGAAAACCUCAGGGCACCUGGUGAGCUCGUUACUUGGAUUUAUGAAAACGCUCCAGCAGAUACUAAUUUAACACUUAGAGUACCUGAAUAUGACGAAACAGAGACACCAAUUUCAUGUAUUGUGUUCAAAUCCUCUGCCUUUAAUGUUGAAAUAACAGAUGGUGGUCUUGGUAAGAACUUUGUCGAAUUGUACAUCAGUCCAGUAGAUAACGUCGAUGAUGAUCAUCGCCACCAUGACGAUGAUCAUGGUCAUCAUGACGACGACGAUCGCCAUCAUCAUGUCGACGACGACGACGACGACGAUGACAAAAUUUACUAUCAGUUAAACGUUUUCAGACAACCAGAUGAUGAAUAAAUCAUAAUGUAAGACGUUUUAUGAUAAAUAAAUAACAUUUGUUGU